AUGAUGGAGCGGGUUGCACAAGAUCUGGACAAAUUUGGCGACCGAGUGGUCAAGGAGAUUACGGCUAAGGGAGCGCAAUGCGAGAUUGACAAGCCUCGCCUCGAGCAGCACGAUGCAUGGGGAAAGCGGGUGGAUAGUCUUUGGGUUUGCCCGGAAUGGCGUCAAUUAAAGGGUGUUUGCGCUGAGGAGGGAAUUAUUGCAAUUGGCUACGACGAUAAAACGGAUCCGGUGGCUCGGCGAAUGCAUCAGUACCGGCUUCACGGAUACAAAUGGUUCAGCUCGGCGAUUGACGCCGAUGUGGCGUUGACGCUCGCCCGGGUGGUUGAUGAUAAGGGAGAUGCUCAGGCGGGCUCCAAAGGACUUUCUCUCUUCCUGCUCAAAAUUCGCAAAGAUGACUCUCAAGAGCUGAACGGGAUCCAGAUGAUUAAGCUGAAGAAUAAGCUCGGCACCAGACAGCUACCGACAGCCGAACUAUUGCUCGAUGGUGUCGUGGCUUAUAGGCUAGGCGAUGCUGGACGGGGAAUCCCCCACAUUUCCAACAUGCUGAACAUCACCCGAAUCCACAAUGCCGUAGCAAGUGUCGCCGGAAUGAGAAGAAUCUUGUCACUUGCGCGUGAUUAUUCGACUCGCCGUCUCGUUUUCGGGCAACCACAAGAGAAGUGGCCUCUCCAUCUCGCUACGCUGGCCAAAUUGGAGGUGGAAGCCCGUGGUUGCUUUCUAAUGCUGAUGGAUGCCGCUCGAUUGUUGGGUGUUCAGGAAUCCGGCAAAGCCACGCUGAACGACCUGGUAAUGUUGCGCUUGAUUACGCCGGUUUUGAAGCUGUACACUGCCAAGCAGUGUGUCCCGCUGAUCAGCGAGGGCAUUGAGUGCUUCGGUGGGCAAGGUUAUAUCGAGGACACUGGCUUACCGACCUUGUUGAGGGACGCCCAGGUGACCCCAAUCUGGGAAGGCACCACCAACGUUCUUUCGCUUGAUGUUCUACGCGUCUUCUCGGGCAAAGAAAACGUCUUCCAGGCCUUGAAUGAGUAUAUCAAGGCGAUAUUGCCAAAAGACGGGAAGCCCGAGCUGAAAUCAAGCGUUGAUGCCGUCAAGAAGGGAAUGGUUCAAUUUGGGCAGAUUUUGGCAAAGGUCAACGAUUCCUCGCUGAACAGCCAGAUGCGAGUCGACGUGUGCGCUCGGGAUAUCGCGUUUGCGAUUGGGAAAAUAUUAUCAGGCUCUCUUCUGAUCCGCCACGCUAGCGAUGCUGACAGUACGACUGCAGAUAUCGAAGUGGCCAAGAGAUGGUGCCUGGAGCAAGAACUCGUGCGACUCGAUCUCGAAUGGUUCACCAAGCAGCGUAUCGCCAACGAUCGUGCCAUCGUUUUUGAGAACUAUGCGGGCAGCGCUCGGCAAAGCAAGCUG